UUACGCACAUCUGGAUUCCAGCGGCCACCUGGAUUUUCCUAGAGGCAGCACCCAGCAAGGCAGGAGCAUGUGGCUGUGCCCAGGUCUGCUCCUUUUCUGCCUUCAAGGCUGUCUAUCUCUGACGGGCCCUGGCUCUGUGUCUGGCUACGUGGGAGGUUCUCUUCACGUGCAGUGUCAAUAUGGAAAAUCAUACAAGAACCAUCUUAAAUACUGGUGUCGAGGACAGUACGACACAAAAUGUAAAACUAUUGUGGAAACCAAAGGAAACGGGGAAGAAAAGAAGAAUGGCCGAGUGUCCAUCAGAGACCACACCGAGAACUUCACCAUGACAGUGACCAUGGAGAACCUCAGCGAAGAUGAUGCUGGAUCUUACUGGUGUAAGAUUCAAACUUUCUUUAUCUGGGAUUCAUGGUCACGUGACCCAGCCGUCCUUGUAAAGGUACAUGUUUUCCCAGCCACAACUCCCAUGGAGACCACACUCCCAGCAACAACUCCCACCCUCCCACUAGUGAAUACUGGACAGCUGAGGAUUAGCACCACUGAGCUGUUCUUCCUCCAACUAUGGUCCCUGCUCAGCAGCAUUCACUUCCAGGUCCUGGUCUUCCUGAAGCUACCCCUGUUUCUGAGCAUGCUCUGUGCUGUCUUCUGGGUGAACAGGCUUCAGAAGAUCCCUGGGGGAAAUUUAGAGUGAACUGCCCAAGAGCUAUGAAGUGAAGCAUCCCAGGAAUGUUCUGGGAGGGACUCAGCCCUGCAGACUGGAUGAGAGACACACUGGACUCUGGAUUGAUUCUGCAUGGAGGCAGCAGUGCCUGGAUUCUGGACUUCACUAUUCCCAUGUCUUAAGGGAGGGUCUGGUUAUCUGAGAGUCUUAGAAAUCAGACUCCUGUGGAGUCCUCAGCAUGAAGAGGGAACAAGGUUGGGACAUACUUUUAAUCCCAGUGUUGGAGAGGCAGAGGCUGGUGGCUCUCUGUGAGUUCAGGGCUAGCCUAGUAUACAUAGUGAGUUCCAGGACAGCCAGGGCUAUAUAACAAGACUCAGUCUCAAACAUCCUCCAUUGACCCAAAAAAGGAAACAAGACUCCCCUGAGCCCUGUCUUGGAGGUCUUCCUUUCCUUUCUCCAGACUUCUUGGUUUCUGCUAUCAUGUCAGCUCCAAAGGGUAAGAAUCCUCUAGAAGGUUCUUGAGCACCUCUAGCCCCCUUGAUCUCUGUGACAUAAAAGCAUCUCAGGUCAUUGUCUCUGAUGGCAACAAUCACCUCCUUCCUACAAAGAAGAGUUUCCCGAGGAACACAUCCCUCAUAGAUUUGGAUCACAGGCCAUGUCCCCUCUUCUAGAACAAUCCCAGAGGAUUUGGCUUCUGACAGAGCAUCUUCAUGGCCCACUUUCUCAACAACACAGCUUUUUUUUAAACCUCAUCUGAUUUUUAUAGCUCACAUGAUCUUGAAGCCUCCUUAUGUCCCAUGACCAGAGAGCAUGCGUCAGAGUUCAGCACAUGCUUGGCUGGGCUGAAAAUAGCCAAUCAGCUUGAAAGUGAAGUUCUAUGGUUACUCAGAUCAGCAGUAGAGAAAGGUGGUGAGUGCUCCGGAUGUCACUCUGUAUUUCCUAACCCAGGGGUCUCCUGUGCAUAGUUCCAACUUAGGGUUCAUCUUUGUUCACUUUAGAAACUGGCUGAGACCACCUUAAGGAUAAAGAUAGGUAUUCAAAGACAGAUGCAGGGCCAGUGGUGAGGAGAUAUCAUAUCAUCUGGGCAUCCACUGGACAUCCUCAGCUCAGAAAAAGGCUGAUUUGUUGAAUGCUUGUCAAUUUUCUUCCUUGAUGUUCUUUGCAGGGGGGCCUCACAGGGUUAGCUACAAGUGUCACCAUCUCCAUUCACUCAGGCAUUCAUGUCAGACAGACCUCCUUCUCCACCCUCAGGCUCAGGCUUGCCUUGAACUAGUGAUGCCCAUUUCCACAGAGAGGACAUAUUUAUAGGAACAUUGUAAGUGAAUGUAAAGACCCAAGGGGUAACUCUCAUGAUGAUAGUUCUUCAUGGAAGCUCUGCCCACUGACAGAGCACACCACGGACAUAGUUUCUUAGAGUGAGGGCUGUCUGUCAGUCCAGCAUAGUGAAGACUUCCUUCUAACAGUUCAGAUGGAGUGUACGGAUUCAGCAUCAACCCUUGCUUACAUUUUCCUUCUGAACAUUGGAUACACUUGAGCAUACCAAGAUCCUGGAUGAAAUAUAGGAGAGUUUACCUGGCCAGUGGUGCAUCAUCUUCAAGGAAGAGUCAGAGAGUGGCGGGUCUAAGUGUAAGAUAGGAGUAACUGCUGGACGUGGGAAAGGGAGAGGUGGGCUUGGAUGAUGUAGAGCCUAGUUUUUCUGUGCAUGACUGCAUUACCAGACAGAGGGUGUCAACUAGGAGUCUAGAGGCGUGGGCUAGCAGAAUGUUGAGGGCUGGAGAGGAAGGAACAGGGAGAGAUUAGCUGGUGCCCAGAGGUAGGUGAAAUCACUAGGUGAGCUUCAGGACCAAGAACAGAGCUCUGGAGGGGGGAGGUGAAGCCGCUGAGGUAGGCGUUCAGGACCAAGGACAGAGACCAGGGAGGCUCUUAAACCACGCCAACCAUAACUGUUUCAAGGCAGAAGGUAGUGUAAAAAGGCAGAAGUGAGCUAGGAUGAAGGGCCACUGAAGUUGACAUGCACAGUUACUGGACCCUCUAGAGACCUCGUGCCUAUAAUGCACAAGUCCUGUGACCCUUUCUUCCAGCUUCCCCUAGCAGGGGCGUACUGUAUGUGUGUAGUGAGAGGUGUCGGCACAUUGUGAGCUGCAUUGCAGCUUACUCAGUUCUCAACGGUUUUCACAUGUGUUCAUUUACAUGUGUGUUUAACUAUACACUGUUGUCCCAUGUGUACAUCCAUGUAAUGACCAUCAUGGUCAAAACAGAGAAUUGCUUCAUCAUCACAAAAUCUACUUCAUGUCAGUCUACCCCACGACUGUCCACUAGAGACCACUAAUGUGUUCUCCAACUCCGGUUUUGUCACUUUGAGAAUGUUCUGGAAAUGGAAGCAUUUCAAUGUCAUAUUUUGAGAUCAGCUUUCCUCCCUGCUUGGUAAGUUACAAUGGUUCUGGGAUCCAUACAAGCAGAUGUACUUAGAAAUAAUUCAUUCCUCUUUAUUACUGGGUGUGAUUCUAUCGUAAAAUGGAAU